AUGUCGGACGGAAGUCGAGCAGUCUUUUCAGCUCUUGACAAUGCCAAGACCCAACUCUACCAUUUUAAGGCAAUUGUGAUAGCUGGUAUGGGAUUUUUCACUGAUGCUUAUGAUCUGUUUUGCAUCACCGCUGUGACUAAGCUUCUCGGCCGCCUAUACUACUAUGACCCAGCUAAAGAUGCCCCGGGUAAGCUUCCCACAAACAUCAAUAAUGCGAUAACUGGGGUUGCUUUAUGUGGAACUCUAGCAGGGCAACUCUUCUUCGGGUGGCUUGGGGAUAAACUUGGUAGGAAGAAAGUUUAUGGCAUCACUCUAGUUACUAUGGUGGGGUGUGCCCUUGCUUCUGGCUUUUCCUUUGGGUCCACAGCUACAAGUGUGGUUGGUAGUCUCUGCUUCUUCCGCUUCUGGCUUGGUUUUGGCAUCGGAGGAGACUAUCCUCUCUCAGCUGUGAUUAUGUCUGAAUAUGCCAAUCAAAAAACUCGUGGAGCAUUCGUUGCAGCUGUCUUUGCGAUGCAAGGAGUAGGGAUACUGUUUGCGGGAGCUGUAUCCACAAUUGUCUCCAAGUCAUUCGCGGCUGCUUUCCCAGCUCCUCCAUUUAGUAAAGGGAAUGUUCUAUCAACUCAGCCUCAAGCAGAUUUUGCUUGGCGAAUCGUGCUCAUGUUUGGUGCAGUCCCAGCAGCUUUAACUUAUUAUUGGCGUAUGAAGAUGCCUGAAACAGCUAGGUACACUGCGUUAGUGGAAGGAAACCACAAGAAGGCUGCUAAUGAUAUGGCCAAAGUUCUUGAGCAGGAUAUUACCAUUGACGAAGCAACUUCCAAGGCUCCUGUUAGUCCCAACUCUUCGUAUGGGUUAUUUUCUCAAGAAUUUCUUAGAACUCAUGGGACUCAACUUCUUGGGACAGCUAGCACCUGGUUCCUGUUGGAUAUUGCCUUCUAUAGUCUCAAUUUAACCCAGAAAGAUGUCUACCCAGCUGCUGGAUUGAUAAAUAAGGCAUCAUCAAUGAAUGCAUUAGAAGAGAUGUACCAUCUGUCCAAAGCAAUGUCCUUAAUCGCUCUCGUUGCAAUUGUUCCUGGUUACUGGUUUAGUGUGUUCCUUGUUGAUAGGAUCGGAAGGUUCAUAAUCCAGCUUGGUGGCUUCCUUCUGAUGUCUGUUUUCAUGGCAAUUCUUGGAUUCAAGUAUGGGUAUCUUCGAGGGGAGAAAGAGUUUUGUGGCCCAGGUUCGAAAAAGGAUUUCUGCGGUGGUCACCCCAUAAUGUUUACAGUUCUCUACGGGCUUACCUUCUUCUUUGCCAACUUCGGGCCCAACAGCACGACCUUCAUAGUUCCGGCAGAGCUGUUUCCAGCAAGGUUCCGUUCAACAUGUCAUGGAAUCUCGGCUGCCUCAGGAAAAGCAGGAGCUAUAAUUGGUGCAUUUGUUGUGCAGUACUACACACAGAAUGGAGACUCAAAUGGAAUCAAGAAGGCAAUUAUUGGUCUUUCUGUUGUAAAUUUGAUUGGGUUUUUCUUCACUUUCUUGGUGCCAGAAACAAAAGGGAAGUCACUUGAGGAACUGUCCGGAGAGGACCAGGAGAUGGGCAAAACUGCAGAAGUAACUGGUGGUAGAAACUAUCGGACCGAUGCGGGUCCAGAAAGUGAAAUGGUUUAG